GUAGAGCAUAGCUGCUAGUUGGAUCCUGUGAAGCAGAUAAAAAUGGCCGGUGGGGGAUUCGCUGUUGAUGCACCGGCCAAUGGCUUCGAUGGCAAGAUGACACUCUCAGUUGUCAUCACUUGCAUCGUUGCUGCAUCCAGUGGACUCAUCUUUGGAUAUGACGUCGGAGUUUCAGGUGGUGUGACAACGAUGGUACCGUUCCUUGAGAAAUUCUUCCCAUCAAUACUUAGAAAGGCUGCAAAAGCCGAAGUGAACAUGUACUGCGUGUAUGACAACCAAAUGUUAACAUUAUUCACGUCUUCUCUCUAUCUUGCUGGCUUAGUAUCAUCUCUGGCAGCUAGUCGAGUGACGAUGGUGUUGGGUCGGAGAAACACCAUCGUCUUGGGUGGUGCCGUCUUUCUUGCUGGUGGUGCCAUUAACGGAGGUGCUCAAAAUAUUGCUAUGCUCAUUUUGGGUCGUAUUCUUCUCGGCCUUGGAGUCGGUUUCACUAAUCAAGCGGCGCCGUUAUACCUUUCGGAAAUGGCUCCAGCCAAAUGGCGUGGCGCAUUCAACACGGGCUUCCAAUUUUUCCUAUCGGUUGGAGUUCUUACCGCAGGCUGCAUAAACUACGCCACCGCAACGCACACGUGGGGUUGGCGAGUCUCUCUUGGCCUCGCCGUCGUGCCUGCCACCGUUAUGACAGUAGGUGCCAUCCUCAUAACUGACACCCCCAGCAGCUUGGUUCAACGCGGCAAAAUAGACCAAGCCAGAAAGGCCUUGCGCAAAGUCAGAGGUUCCCACGUCGACGUUGAACCCGAGUUGGAAGAGCUUCAAGAUUGGUCGCAAAAUGCCAAAUCUAUGCAGCAGGAGCCCUUCAUGACCAUAUUUGAGAGGCAGUAUCGGCCUCACUUGCUCAUGGCAAUUCUUAUCCCACUUUUUCAGCAGCUUACGGGCAUCAACAUUGUUGCCUUCUAUUCACCCAACCUCUUUCAAUCCGUCGGUUUCGGACACCACGCAGCUUUACUUUCUACCAUCAUAAUUGGCCUUGUCAACCUUGCUUCUCUCCUCGUAUCUACUUCUUUUGUUGAUAAGUUUGGUCGAAGAUUCCUGUUCAUAACUGGUGGCGUUCUCAUGCUUGUCUGUCAGAUUGCGGUGUCUGCUUUGCUAGCUGAGAUGACUGGUGUUCAUGGUACAACAAACAUAUCAAAGGGUAACGCAAUAUUGGUAUUGGUGCUAUUGUGCUUUUAUACUGCAGGUUUUGGUUGGUCGUGGGGUCCUCUGACAUGGCUAAUUCCAAGUGAAAUUUUCCCCUUAAAAAUCAGAACCACUGGGCAAAGCAUAGCAGUUGGGAUGCAGUUCAUAGCACUGUUUGCGUUAUCACAGACAUUCUUGACAAUGCUGUGCCACUUUAAGUUCGGGGCCUUCUUGUUCUAUGCAUUUUGGAUUGCAGUGAUGACUCUCUUCGUUGUGUUUUUCUUGCCUGAGACCAAAGGAAUUCCUUUGGAGUCAAUGAACACCAUAUGGGACAAACACUGGUUUUGGCGGAGGUUUGUUACCGGAGUAGUUGACCAAGAUAAUCAUCCAUGAACAUUAUUGGCACUCCCUAAUGUAGGUUCUGUUUGUAAGUCUCAAAAGAUGAUAAUCAUUGGCAAUGCCUUCGUACAAGUUACAACUACAAUGUUUUGUUUCUAUAUCUGA